AUGGCCAAAGCUGUAUCAACAAAGAACCCAUGGAUCGAGACACCUUUGAUAUGGUCUCGCACGUUAUCUGAAGCAGCAGGAUGCAGAAUCUACCUCAAAUUAGAGAAUGUCCAACCUUCCGGAUCCUUCAAAAGUCGUGGCGUUGGCAAUUAUCUGAAGUCACACCUGUCAGCUGCCCCUACGGAUGACUCAAAAGCGAAUGCUAUCGCCACUAAUGGGGUAUCUGCCAAGCCUCACUUUUUCUGCAGCUCUGGCGGCAAUGCUGGACUCGCAUGUGUGCAUGCCGCAGUGACACUUGGUUGUCCUGCUACCAUCGUUGUGCCAAUGUCGACGUCGGACUAUAUGAUCGGAAAGCUACGAGCAGCUGGAGCUACCGAGGUGAUCCAAAACGGCUCUUCGUGGGUCGACGCUGACACUUUCCUAAGAGAAGAAGCUCUGCCAGCCGCGAAGGCCAGAAGGGAAAAUGCUGUAUACGUGCCCCCUUUCGACGCACCUGAGAUAUGGACUGGCAACUCCACAAUCGUCGAUGAGAUCGCACGUCAAAUGUCAAAAGAGUUGAGACUACCAGACGCCAUUGUCUGCAGCGUCGGUGGCGGAGGCCUGUUCAGUGGAAUCAUGCAAGGUCUGGACAAUUAUGCUGCACUUAGCUCUUCAACGAAAGUCCUAGCUGUGGAGACGAAAGGCGCAGACUCCCUUGCACAGUCCAUCGAGAAGGGUGAGCAUAUUACUCUUCCGGCGAUCACCAGUAUAGCCACCACCCUUGGCGCACGUAAAGUAGCCAAAAGGGCGUACGACUACGCAUCGGACAAGAGCCGCGUCACUACUGCUGUCCUUUCGGACGCCGAGGCGGUCGAGGCAUGUAAAAGGUUUGCAGACGAUGAGCGAAUCCUGGUAGAGCCGUCGUGUGGCGUGGCGCUUGCGACUGCCUACAGUGGCAAGCUUCGUCAGCUGCUACCGCAUCAUCUAAAGCCUUCUAGUCAGGUAGUCAUUGUGGUAUGUGGUGGAUGCGGCCUCUCUCUUGAGAUUCUUGCAAAUUACAUCAAGCAGGUUCUCGAAUAG